AAAUAUUUCCGAAGCACGGAUGUUCUCGGCGCUGGGCUCGCCGAAGCUGACCAAGCACGCCGAGUGGAGCUGCAGCCAGCGCGCCGCGACAGGCGGCGCCAAGCUGCACGUCUUCCGCCUGUGCUCCAAGCUCGGGUCCUGGGACCUUGCGCGCACCUUUGUCGAGCUCGAGUUUUUCCGCGAGACGCUCCGAACACUCUACAACAGCGAGGUCAGCAGCAACAGCCACGAGUCGAACUGGCCGCGCCGCCUUCGGCACGUGUUGACACUGCCAUUUCCUAGCGUCGAGUGGCUGCCAUGGGCGCGCGGCCAGCUCGGGCGCUUUGUCGCGUCGCUCGUGGCCCUCCACGACGACGCCUCGCGCGUUGCGAACCCGACCUUUCUCCUCAGCGUGCUCCAGCCGCUACUUGGCAAGUUCCUCGACUGCGCCAACGUCGAGUCGCGGAGCAUUCGCGCGGCCAGCGAAGUGGCCAUGAUGUGCAGUAGUCCACGGCGGAGCCAUGCGCCACGGCUCUCGGCGCCCGCCGCGCUGCCCCACCGGGCCUCCCACGCCGUUCUCUGAUACAGUAACCUUGCUGUCUUGAAUGCAUUUGAGCCGCGCAAG